AUGUCUGUGGAUGCUGACCAACCAACAAAUCCCGACACCAUCUCACCUGAUGUCAGUGAAAACGUGGAUGAUUCGCCAGAGAGUUCAGCACCUGUGGGGAAGGGGAUGGUAGACUCUCCCGCAAGCCCGGACCCCGAGUCUCCAGAGAGUCCAGCAGCUGUAGAGAAGCCGACUGUAGACUCUCCGGCAAGCCCGGACCCCGAGUGUCCAGAGAGUCCAGCAGCUGUGGAGAAGCCGACUGUGGACUCUCCAGCAAGCCCGGACCCCGAGUCUCCAGAGAGCCCAGCACCAGAGGAGAAAGGACUUGUAGACUCUCCGGAGAGCCCAGCACCUGAGGACUCUAAUUCAAUGGAGAUGGAUCCACCUGACUCUACUAUAUCAGACGUAGCACCAGUGAUUCCAGUGAAUGUUGAGACUGCACCACCCAAUUCAGCGGAUGACACAGAACCAUUUGUUCGAGUGGAGGAAGCUGCCUGUCCACCAGCAGAUGAUGAUGAUAAUGAUGAUAUGGAACCUGUUCGAAUUUUCGUGCCCGAAGAAUGGGAAGGUGUGAUGUCUGAAAGAGCUAUGAUGAAAAAGCUGAGAGAAAUCAUUAAUCGUCAUUAUAAAGUUGGUGGAACUUUUGUCACAAUGGGAGAUGUUCGAGCCAAGCUGAUCUUCUGUCCUCAUGGAAAUAUUUACUUUCGACCAAUGGGAUCAUUUAAACAUCCCAACCGAUUGUCAACCAAUAUUAAAAUCUAUCCAGAGUUGUAAUUUCCGAGGGAGAAUUAUUUU